AUGGGCUGUGGACCUUCCCAGCCUGCUGAGGAACAGAGCUUUGUCCCCGCGCCGAGGAAGGGCUGGGAAGAGGGAUUCAAGGCUGAUGUGGAUGUGGCUCACUCUGGGGAGAACUGCAGACCCCAGCUUGAGGCUGCCCUGCUCGAGGACACUGUGGGUGGCCCCGAAGGCCUGGAAAAACAGGUCCAGCUGGAAAGCUUACCCGGAACCAUUCCAGAGAGUUCCCCAUCUCCUGUGGGAAGGAACAGAAGAAUAAAUUUAGACUUAACAACCAAUGGAUUAAUCCAUAAACCGCAACCCCUAGAGAAUCGAGAGCGACAAAAGUCAUCAGACAUCCUGGAGGAAUUAAUUGUUCAAGGAAUAAUACAAAGCCACAGCAGAGUAUCUAGAAAUGGAGAAUCAUACGAUGUCACGGUGAACAUGACUGAGAAGCCACUGAGAAAGCCACCAGCCAGGCUGAAAAAACUCAAGAUCAAAAAGGAAGUAACAGAUUUCACAAUGAAGGACAUAGAGGAGAAGAUGCAGGCGGUGGCCGAGCGCAGGAAGACAAAAGAAGAAGAAAUGAGAAAGAGACUACGGAGUGACCGACUUCUGCCCUCCGCCAAUCGUUCAGACUCAGCUGACCCUGGUGGGGCUGAGGUUCCAUUUGCCAAAGGACUUAACCCUGUGAGUUCUGCUGUGUUUGAGCCGUGGGACCUGCAGGGAGGAAAGCCGUUGAAAAGAAAGAAGAGCAAAAGUGAUGUGACCUCAAAUGAUAGAGACUACAGUUAUGAAGGUAUUGGCAUCGUGGAGUCAGACAUGUCCUACAACCAAGAAGAUCACAUAUUCUAA